AUGCCAGGAGGGUGCCAGGGGGAUGCCAGGAGGGUGCCAGGAGGGUGCCAGGAGGGUGCCAGGGGGAUGCCAGGAGGGUGCCAGGAGGGUGCCAGGGGGAUGCAGGAGGGUGCCAGGGGGAUGCAGGGGGAUGCCAGGAGGGUGCCAGGGGGAUGCCAGGAGGGUGCCAGGGGGAUGCCAGGGGGAUGCCAGGAGGGUGCCAGGAGGGUGCCAGGGGGAUGCCAGGAGGGUGCCAGGGGGAUGCCAGGAGGGUGCCAGGGGGGUGCCAGGAGGGUGCCAGGGGGAUGCCAGGGGGAUGCCAGGAGGGUUCCAGGAGGGUGCCAGGGGGAUGCCAGGAGGGUGUCAGGGGGGUGCCAGGGGGAUGCCAGGGGGAUGCCAGGGGAUUGCCAGGGGGGUGCCAGGGGGAUGCAGGAGGGUGCCAGGGGGAUGCCAGGGGGAUGUCAGGAGGAUGCCAGGAGGAUGCCAGGGGGAUGCCAGGAGGGUGCCAGGAAGGUGCCAGGGGGAUGCCAGGGGGAUGCCAGGAGGAUGCCAGGAGGGUGCCAGGAGGGUGCCAGGGGGGUGCCAGGGGGAUGCCAGGAGGGUGCCAGGAGGAUGCCAGGAGGGUGCCAGGGGGAUGCCAGGGGGGUGCCAGGGGGAUGCCAGGAGGGUGCCAGGGGGGAUGCUAGGGGGAUGCCAGGAGGGUGCCAGGGGGAUGCCAGGGGGAUGCCAGGAGGGUGCCAGGGGGAUGCCAGGAGGGUGCCAGGAGGGUGCCAGGGGGAUGCCAGGAGGGUGCCAGGAGGGUGCCAGAGGGAUGCCAGGGGGAUGCCAGGAGGGUGCCAGGAGGGUGCCAGGGGGAUGCCAGGAGGGUGCCAGGAGGGUGCCAGGAGGGUGCCAGGGGGGUGCCAGGGGGAUGCCAGGAGGAUGCCAGGAGGGUGCCAGAGGGAUGCCAAUGCUGGCAUCUUAAUGGUUCCCAGGGGAGUUCAGCGAAUCAACACUUUUAUCAACACUUUGAUCAAGGACUGGUCAGCUGGUCAGCUCAGAGUCGGUAUUCUGUGUUAG